AUGUCUGAUCAACAAACUAAACGUCUUAGACUCUUACCACCUAUUUCAGUCACUCCUUCGCAAGCACCUCCAAACGCUCUCCAACCAAAAUUUCAACUACCAAUUCCUCCGACCAGCCUAUCAAAUCUUUCUAUAAACUCCUUAUCCGCAACUGAUUCACCAGUCUUACCAAUCACUUCGCCUAGAGCGCCUUCGGGCCAACAGCAAGAAUUACCCUCUAUUGAUUCUUUAGGUCCUUUACCGCCGAUUCCUCACUAUGUUUCCACCACUCCCCCUAACUCAAUGUCUAUAUCAGCGAUUCUUUCAAGUAAUGAUGAACCAUUUAUUAGAAAGCUUGACAUGAAUAUUAAGGAAAUUGGAAUUGGGAAUAAUUUGAUCGAACAGCAUAAUUCACAUGAUUAUAACAAUCCACAUCAUUCGUUAAUUUUUGAUGAAAGCUCAAAUGAUAUACACACUGAAGAAUUAGCAGAAAAACAGGCAGACAAGGAACCAGAUCAGAACGAUAUUGAUGACGGAACGCAAGAUUUAAACUCAGACAAUUCAAACGAUAAUGUAAUUGAUUAUGAUCAAAACGAGAACAAUAGGGAAAUUGGAGAAGGAAAUGAAUCUGAGGAAGACAAUCAGAGCGACGAAUUUUCAUUUGAUUAUUCCUUAUUUGAAGGAAUAAAUUUGCAAAGAGAGCCACAUUUGAUUGUUCAAAAUGAUGAGGCAUUAAACAUGGAGGGUCGAGAAGAACGGCAUCUAGGACAUAUAAUAUACAAUCCGAAAGAAAUUCUACCACCUUUAGAAUUUCAUGAAAAUGGUUUAUUAGAAAUAUGGGUUUCUUCCAAACAUUUGACGUGGAAAAACAAUAAAGUUAGAAGCCAAUUUCUAUGGGGUACAGAUGUUUACACGGAUGAUUCAGAUAUUAUUGCAGGUAAUAAGGUUUUACCAAAAUUGGUUCAAUACACCGCAACUAUACGAAAUCAUUAUCAAAGUCGAUCAUGGGGCAAUCAUCAUGGUGUUAGUUAUAAAGUUGAAAGUGUUCGCAAGAUGAAGAAUGGUGAAGCUAUUGGACGAUCGAUAGGCCAUGGCAGGAAAGAACGUCUUCGAAGGUUUCAUAAAAUGAGGAAACGUGCAUUUGAAGAAAGCGAGCUUAACCAAAGCGAAGAUCCUGUUAUUGUUUUUAAUAACGAAGGGGAUCCAUGCUUCAAGUAUACUCCUCAAUUGAUGGCAGACGAUGAAUCCGUGAGAAAACGUCUUAAAAAUGAAGUAAUGUAUUUAGAGAAUGAUGAUGAACGUUAUGAAAUAUCCUACGAUGAGACCCGAGACAAAUAUCGUUUUGCGAUUGUAUCAUCUGCUGUACAUUUGGGUCCUCCAGUUCCAUUAAAAGAUCAAGAAAACUCAACCGAUAAAAGACAAAUAUUUCCUUUGCCUUCAAGCUUGGAAGAUUCAUUUCGUGAUGACUUGGACUAUCACGAAAUGACUUGGAAUAUUGUGGGUGUAAUUGUUGCUGACAAAACCAAUCCGUUACAUAGUUUGCUAUGCAUUUCUAAACGUGUAUUUUGGCGUGAUCGAACCGUAUGA